AUGGUGAAGACCAAGCAGACAGCUAAGAAGACCACUGGAGGUAGAGCUCCCAGGGUAUCUCUUGCUGGUCUGCAAGCUAGGGAAAAACAAGCUGCCAAGUCAAGCAAGGCCCAUGCUAGGAAGGCCCCUGUUGCCAAGAAAAGAAGGAUGAGGAACUUGGCAAGGAUGGAGGGACAUUGUGGCCUUGUGAUCAGGCAGGUUGCAGAAGGGUAUCCUCAGCCCUAUUUUGCAAGCCAGUCCUGGAAACACCCUCUUGUGGUCAUUGGGGGGUUUGAGCAUGCCACCACUUCUGAAGUGGCUGGUAACUCUGCUGCCAUUAUCCACCUCCACCUUGAGUCUCUGGAGCUUGGCCAUGCCCCUGUGCAUAUCCUUCACACCAUGUUGCAGGGAUAUUUCACACAAGACACCUACCACUUCUCAGAUUUGCCCUUCAACCUUGCCACCAAGGAGUCCAGAGCUGCCUAUGACACUGCAACAUCAGAGCUAGCUUCAAGUCUGACUACCUUUGCUAAGGUAGUCAUUUUCCUUACUACCCAUACUAAUGAAGACAGGGGGGAUCUGUUCUCUGGAAUGGAGAAUAAGGUUCCAAUAGCCACAGAGGUCUUUGAGUUGCAGUUUCUGCAAGGCCUUCUGUUACCCUUCUCCAACAUUGUCAAGGGUGGAGACCUCAUCUUCUUUGUGUGUGGUUCUACUGUAAGGAAGGAGGAGAGCAUCCAAGGACUGAAGGCAGCUGUGCAACAUUUCAAGCCAAGGUCCAUGUUGCUUUUUGAUGCUGAGAGAUUUCAACUAGUCACCACCACUCCCUUCCUCAUGAGUGUCCUUGACUCCACCCUUGUUCAAGGCUUCCAUGUCCAAAGGGCAGUCAGGCACUCCAACAUCAUCCUUGAUGUUGUGGCAGGAGAAGGUAGUGGUGGAGAAAUUCAUCUGGACUGA